AUGAAGCUCUCCACCGUCCUUUUCGCCGCUGCCGCCGCCCAGGAUGAAGGCUCCGACCGAUGGACUUACUCUGACUACUCCGUCGACAACAACCUCUCCCUUUACGGCGGUAAGGCAGGUGCUGCCACCUCUGGCGCAUACGGUUACGGUACUGAUGGCAAAAAGCACGGUAAUGGCCGAUUCUGCCACUCAACCAAGGAUACCGUCCAUAUUUACCGAUGGGACGUUUCCAAGUACGGUUACUUCGCCCACUACAACCAGGUCGAGUGCGUCGGCGAGGAACUCUACUGCUUCAUCGAGGAGCGAGCUCAUUUUGGUCAGAUCAUUGGAAUCCGAGCCGGUUGUGCUCAGAUGAUGAACCAUCCACAGGUUGAACGAAAUGACGCCGACAACACUAGCUUCAACGCUCUUCCAUUCAUCUCCCCCGUUUACAACCAAGAGGCUGCUCGAGGCAGAACAUUCGACCAAAACAACAAAACCGGCACCGCCUACAUCUACUACGGUAUCGGUGGUUGCUUGUCUCACCCUGCUCAAAAUGGUAACGACCAACUCAACUCGCAGUUCCUCACCUCCAUGAGCAAGAACCAUUACGCUUAUGGACAUGGCGGCUGGUACCAGAGCCAGUGUCUCCGAACUAACGGACCUAAUGGUAACGCCGAACUCUUGCCUUUCGGUGUUUCCGUUUGCCGUGCUUGCUGCCUCGCUACUUACUCCGAUGAUAUGUACCUUGACGCUCCCAGAACACCAGACACUGCUGACACCCCCGGUUCUAACCGAGGUGUCUGCAACUUCCUUCCAUACCCAGCUCAAGGAGGAAAUGCGGGUUUACCAAAGAUCCCCGACGAAACCGUUUUCGAUUGCUACAAAGGAGUUCUCUCUGACAACCCAAUGACUAACAAUUGCGACUCUACAACAGUGAGCGAUGCUACCGGAUGUGAUUACUGCACUAAGCAGAUCUACCCAACUCUUACCAUGUACGAAGUCCCCAGCUACGAGUCGGACUUUUCUCAAAAUCUCUUCGAGUCUAACUUUGUCCGAUCUUCUGGAGCUGAUGCAGAGGGUCCAUGUGCUUACGGUACGCCCGGAGACUACACCUCGACUCCCAACUGCACUCCAACUGGUGUCAUCGCCCAGCCCAUGGUUUAA